GUCCUGCAGCUGGACACAGGGGUGCAGGCUGCCCAUGAUAGCGUGCACAGAAUCACUAAGAUGCUGAUCGAUCAGGAUGGUCCCAAGUGGAGGGAGAAGCUCCCAGAGAUCCCAGUGGUGCCUCUGUCAGUGCAGCAGCAGCACCGGGACAAGCCCCUGUCUGAACAGCAGGUCCAGGCCAGAGCUGCCCGGGCUGCACAGGAGGAGGCAAGAAUACGAGAAGCCAGAUUUACUUUACUGAAGCAAGAAGGCAACGAGCUGGUGAAGAAGGGCAGUUUCCAAGAGGCAGUGGAGAAGUACACGCAGUGUUUGGCCCUCCAACCCAAAGAGUGUGCAGUGUACACUAACAGAGCCAUUUGCUUCCUUAGACUGAACCGUUUUGAAGAGGCCAAACUGGACUGUGACUCUGCGCUGGAGCUGGAUCCAUCCAAUAAGAAAGCAUUUUACAGACGGGCCCUGGCGCACAAAGGCCUCAAGGACUAUCUGUCGGCCAGCACAGACCUCCAGGAAGUGCUGCAGCUGGAUCCAAAUGUGCGAGAGGCCGAGCAGGAGCUGGAGACGGUCACCGGGCUGUUGAGGAAAAGUCUAAUGGAAGGCACAGCACAGGUUUGACAGUUGUGACAAAGGAAUCAAGCAUAUGGACAUUGGUUUAAAAAUGGACUUUGCAGAUGACUUAACGAGGGACAGACUUUCCGGCUCUGCUCCACCUGCGCUGUGCAAACCUCUCCUACAUCUUGGUACUAGUCACAGCACUGGAACCAAAGCCCAUUCAUCUUCUACCAUAACUAGCUAUACUGUGCAGGUGAGGCAUUCAAGUGCUGCUACAAGGAGAGGAAAGAAGACUGUGCCUUAAUAAUGAGAUUUCUACCACUGCAAGAUACUGAACUGCGCUGAUGAUGCUGCUUUCACAAAACUCACAGUAAAACUAAUUCAACUUGAUGGUAGCUUCAAAUGUAGCUGGGCACAGUAAUUUAAGGCUUUUGCUACCUUAUUUUUUGAAACAUUUUGGAUUUUCAUAUUGGCUUUCUGUUACAUAAUGAUAUAAUGGAGGAGGUUAUAAACAAAUAACGCAGUAUUUACAACUCUUUUUAAGAUACAGAGAGAGUGAGGCACCUGCUUUGCUCUUGUCUUUAAAGGUGCACUGCGUAACUUUCCAGGUUGGGGGUCCACUACUGUGGAGAUGCUAUUGCUUUGCCUGUAAUGUUUCUCAUUAUAGUAUUAAACUUAAGAUGCAUUUAUUAAAUUAUGGGUGUUUUCAUUGCUGAAAACUACCUACAAUUAAAAACAUGCAUUCUGACUGUGAGUGGGGUUGCCUCUUUACAGAUCCCACCUGUAAAUUGGCCAGGUGGCAUCUCCUGCUUGUUUCUAUGGUGACUGAAAAAUUAAUGCAAUGGAAUAUUGGAGGUAAAGCAACAACAUCUUCGACUUAAACUUAGACAAAUUUUAUUGAUCCACAAGGGAAACAAGAUCUCUACCAGAAAAGUUACACAGUGCCCCUUUAAGGAAAUUUUGUACUCACAGUUCAGUUCAAGACAAUGGAUAACACAGGAUCUUCAAAAAAUUGCAGUUUCCUAGCUCUCUGGGGAAAGAUGGCUGCUAGGUUUAUGGCAACACUGUUUGACUCAGGUGUAUGACUGAAUGUAUGUAAUAUUAUUUUGUGUUUUAAAAUACUGCUUUUCUAUUGGAGUAAAUGUACCUGUGGGCUUGUUCUUUCUGUGUAAUCAGAUGAGUGGAGCCAUUAUGCCUCAGCUGGAGGUUGUCUGAUGCUUCUGUUGUUCACAAAUUAGAUUUUGAAAGCAACAGAUCGGCAAAUUAAGCCUUACCGCACACACCACAUGGUUUUGGGUCAGCACAGGCUGUGUUCUACUGUAGUUUUAUGAGAAAUGUUCACAAAUCUGCACAAUACAAAAGGUUCUUCAAAAGUUACUUCAGUAUUUAACAGCUUUGUUCUUAAAGGUCACAACAUUUCAUUUUAAGAUCACAACUUAAUCAAAUCCCAAACAAUGGAUGAUGCUAUGUAAUAAUGAUGCUGUGUAACUGCUUCUCUCCAUGUAAAUGAUGUCUGGAAUGUUCCACAGUAUCGCAUUACACAUAUUUAUCACUACGGAGACAGCAGGCUGUUAGAUCUGUGGAGAGGCAAGCCCACUCAGUUUUUAGACCAGUCAAAACCCAUGUUGUUGAGUAAAUGCAAAAUUGAUACAUUUAAUGCUGUAACAAGCAAUAUCAUCUUCAUGGAGGCAAGCAGACCGUGGACAGUUCACAUUUAAUUACAAUUAUAUCAACUUUUCUUUUCUUGCAUAAUAAAUAGUUUGUGUAUAAUAUUUAGCAGAUGUGCCACGUUUGUUUCUGAAUGUAUUGAAUCCUGAUCAUUGUCGACAAUGAGAUGCUUCCGUGCUUUUAAAAUGCUGCAGCCUUUAAUGCAACAGCAUGUACUGUAUGUAAAUAGCUUCAGUGCACAAUGUAAAUAAAUGAUUCAAACUUAA